AGAGCGGCUCCCAAUCGAGAGAAACUCCGGACUGAAAACUUUUCUAAUCUCAGCCCAUGUUACAGAUUCUAUUGCACAAGGAGCUUAUCAAAAGAAAAAACUGGACGCACAACAAGUAACAACAUCUACAGCGGCAGCAGUCUAGCAACGAAGCGUAUACGUAAUGCCAAGCAAAGUUCCAUUCAUUUAACGCGCUCGUUUCAGUUCUCGGGCAGGUGUCAACCGACGUACACGCGAAACGACGACGCGGUAACAGUUCCAGAAUAUCAUAUACAUGCUAUAAUAUAUGCUCGAGUGGCUAAUUAACAUACGCGUUUCGCUCCGUCUCUUUACCUGAACCUAAGCUGUCUGGAAUAUACUCAUCCACAUUUCUUUUGGGGAAGCGAGUACAAAGUCACCAAAAAUUUUUAAACGAGUAUACUCUCGGUAUAUAUUUGUAUAUGCAAAAACGAAUCACCAUGCUGGAUCCCAUUUCGGACACACCGCUGGUCUUGGCCUACGUCUUUAUGUCGCUGUUAGUGCUUAUUCUGUGCUUUAUAUUUUUCAAUGUGGUCCACAAGCUGUAUCGCAGUCUCAACAGCGAGGUAUCAUCGGUUCCGAUAUCCACCGCUCUGCCGCUGAAGACCUCGAUCAUGGAGCUAGACGCCAUGAAAACCGGUUAGGAUGGGUGCAGCAGCAUCGGCAGCUGGCUAUGAGAGACGCGAGAAUCUCAGUCCGAUGUUGGAGCUCCGGUUUUAAUUCGGGCGAUCGGAGCACGAGGCACGGCAGCUGCAACCACCCACUCGCACGACACAAAAUUUAGACGCCUGUUGUUACAUAUAUAAACAAAAAAGCAAUUAGACGUAAAUACACGAAACUAGGUUUACGAAUAGAAAUUAACUACAUUUAACGCUGGUCCUCUAGUCAAUUAAUUGUUCGUUUUUGCCCUAAGGUUAGGUUACAUGUACAUCGAUAUUGUAAAUAAAGUGACUUGAACGAUAA